AAAAAAAUCAGAAGUUUCGAAAUAGAGGGAGGUAUAAAUGUGCGCACUGGUGUUGUUGCACAGCACAGAUUGCUAGCAACUCAAAGAUGCGUACUGCUUUGUUGUUCCUUGGUCUUUUGGCUGUUGCGGCGGCUCGUUCUCUGGAAAAACGAGACGAUGAAGAGAACCACUGGGGUUCGGCAUUUCUGACCAAAUCUGAGAACGGUUACAGCGAUGACAAGAAAAACAGCAUUGCAUAUGGCAUUGCUAACGAUUUGGAAUAUUUCCUGGCCGUGGUCAAGAAAAUAGAGAAUGAGCCGGACAAAUCUAUUAUCUUGCAAAUGAUGUCAGGAGCCGUUGAGCUUAUGAAGCUACAUGAAUCGGAGGCUGAAAAAACAGAUAAACUGAUUGAACCCAAAACGUUUCCCAUUCCAGAGAAAUGUACUAAGGAUGCUGUUACAGCCCUCAAGGAAUGUGGCCCUAUGGUGGGCCGUGUGGUAUCUUGUAUCCAAACAGGGACACAGGAGAUUGUGAAGUAUCUCAAGUCCGACAUUGCCGCAUUCGAAGACAAAAUUGGAACGCUCAAAGGUUUCAUUUCAAUAGUUGCUGGAGAAAUUAACGACAUAAAGGGGCUGUUUGAACACUGCUCAAAGCGGGACCCUAUUCAACAUUGGAAGGAUGCUUGGCGCUUCACAAAGACAGACCUGCAAGACAGCAAAAAGAUUGGGAGAUUAAUGCAGCUUGGAAAUAAAAUUAAGGGCGAUCUGAUGGAAAUGCGCAAGAAUCUGGCGGCCCUUUUGGACGGAAGUGGAGGUGAUGUCGAAACGGCCCUAGGACACUUGGAUUAUGCCGUGCAGCUUGCAGAACUGGAUGAAAAAAAAGAUGCAGCUUCUAUUACACCAGCUGUUGUUCCCGUUGAAUUUGAAUGUUCACGUGAUGAAGUCCUUGCACUUGAUGGCUGUGAGGGAAGAGCAGUCAGAAUUGGGACUUGUAUCAAAAACAUGGUUGACGAAGUACUGAAAAAAUUUGAACAAAGCCCAGAGAGUGUUGAUGACCUUAUUAAAAUCGCCAAGUUUACGAAAGGGUCUGUUUUGAAUAUCGCUAAAGCAGAUGAUGUUGUGCAUGAAGUUAUAGACGAUUGUAAGAAAGAACACGGCACAGAUGAGAAAAAGAGAGAAUUGUUGAGUCUCCUCAGAAGAGUGUUAAACCAGGAGGAGUAAACGUCUUGUUUUCUGCCAGACCCCAACCAUGACCAAUAACUGAACACUUCAAAAUUAUUCAUUGUCCACAUCUAUUGUUUUAUUUCUAUUAAAGUUUCAUUGUUGCAGUAAAAAA